AUGGGCUGUGGCUGGAAGAAGAAGACGGAGGAGAUGGAGAGAGAGGGCUGUUCAGAGCAGGAGGCUCAGCCCUGUGCCUUUAUAGGGAUAGGAAACAGUGACCAGGAGAUGCAGCAACUCAACAUAGAGGGGAAGUCAGUUCAUCCUAACACUGUUCCUCUGCUACCUGUAGGUGCUGUUUCCUCCAGUCAGGAUGGGAUCUCUGCAGCAGAGGUGGAGCUGAGAGUCAGACCAGGAGACAACGUCGUUCUUCACUGUGACGUUAGCCACAACGUAGAAACAGUCUGGAUCAGAAACUGUUCUGGUGGGAGUGAAACGUGUGAGGUGUCUGUCUUCAAGUCUCUACAGAUCCCUGUCCCCCGCUUCACCUUCCUACGGAGGCGGACUCUGAGAUCCUAUGACUUGCUGAUUGAGAACAUCGCUGAGUCUGACCUGGGACUGUACUCCUGCAGCACCAUGGGGAGAGAAGAGGAGAAGAGAUCCGACCAGGUUGUGUAUUACCUGGAGGUCUACCUCUAUGGAAACAUCACCACUCGGAUUUCCUUUGAGAACAACCAGGACACCCCUGAAUGUGGUCUGAGCUGGGUCCUGGUACUGACCUCCAAAUCUCUGUUCCUGCUCCUCAUUCCUGCUGCCUUCUGGGUCGACAAAAUACACAGAGCCAGGAGGAAUGCCUGAAAAUAACCAGAGACCAGUCAGUCUCCAUGACAACCACUGCAGUUGUUACGUCCCCUGAGAGAUAUACAGUUGGGCAAAAAAGUAUUUAGUCAACCACCACUUGUGCAAGUUCUCCCACUUAAAAAGAUGAGAGAGGCCUGUAAUUUUCAUCAUAGGUACACUUCAACUAUGACAGACAA